AUGGGGAAAGAGAAUUUCAUUCUCUUAUGUCAUACUAGGUGUCCAAGCAUGAGGUGGUUAGAACCGCAGUGCGAGCAAAGCACCACAGGGCGUCGAGGAGUGACCCAGCCUGACCCAGCCAUGAGGAGUUUCCACCUCCUGGUUGCCCUAUUCCUUGCAGUGCUUCUGGUGAGCCCAGGAAAUGGGGAGCGUGAGCCCCGCUAUGUGAGCCACUGUCUCCGGAGAGGAGGGAUCUGUCGAUAUGAUGACUGCAGUGAGGGCGAGGAGCAGAUCGGCACCUGCUACCACCACACCAUGAUCUGUUGCCGGGAUGAAGUGGUUUAG